GGGGCCGGGCGGGUCCCCGGGGUCGCGGCGUUGACCGGCCUGCCCCGCCCGCCCGCCUGUCCUGGGGGCUCGGUGCCCGCCCCGGUGCUGUGUCCCCGCCCGUGGCGGGGCGGUCCGCCGGGUCGCGUGGGAGCGCCGUGCUGAGGGGUCGAGCUGCUCGUUACAGAAUGUCUGAAGGGGACAGUAUUGGAGAUUCCGUCCAUGGGAAACCUUCUGUGGUGUACAGAUUUUUCACAAGACUUGGACAGAUCUAUCAGUCCUGGCUCGACAGGUCUACGCCUUACACGGCUGUGCGCUGGGCGGCGACGCUGGGCCUGAGCUUCGUCUACAUGGUCCGAGUCUACCUGCUGCAGGGCUGGUACAUCGUGACCUACGCCUUGGGGAUCUACCACCUAAACCUUUUCAUAGCUUUCCUUUCUCCGAAAGUGGAUCCUUCCUUGAUGGAAGAUUCAGAUGACGGCCCCUCGUUACCAACCAAACAGAACGAGGAGUUUCGGCCCUUCAUUCGCAGGCUCCCAGAGUUUAAAUUUUGGCACGCAGCGACCAAGGGCAUCCUUGUGGCCAUGGUCUGUACCUUCUUUGAGGCUUUCAACGUCCCAGUGUUCUGGCCCAUCCUGGUGAUGUACUUCAUCAUGCUUUUCUGUAUCACAAUGAAGAGGCAAAUAAAGCACAUGAUCAAGUACCGGUACAUCCCGUUCACGCACGGCAAGAGGACGUACAAGGGGAAGGAGGACGUGGGCAAGACCUUCUCGAGUUAGAUGCUGGGCUGGACCCGCCAUGCAGAGUCCAAGGACGGUUUUGAGCCAUUGUAACAAUGCCUUCUUCACAUAAAGUAGUUGGUUACAAGGGAGUCGAAUUUUCUUUUUAAAAAGGAGCUUCAAUUAUUUGUAACGGAAAUAUCAGGUUUUUGAAGAAACCGGCAUUUAAACCAAAUUGCAUUGAUUUAUUUUUCAGUGACGUUGAAGUGUUGAAAUGGAUGGAAUGCUAGUAAACUGCAGGCCGGGCAGAUGGGCGGGCAGGGGCUCUGGGAGGGUGGGUGGGCACAGCGUUGUGUGACCACGGAGCGAGCCCGCAACGGGGUUGCACCCCAGCCACCGCCUCCCCAAGGACGCUCCUGGUCUCCCUGCCUGCCUGGAGGAUGACGCUCACCUGCUGCUGCGUGCGUGGAGGAGCUCAGCACCUGAGGGUGACUCCUAGUGACUCUGGGUUCGAAUGCCAGUUUCCCCAUUUCAUCUCACUAGAGAUGUUUAAAGUUGGCCUCUAUCAUAAUAACUCAAAACUCUGUUCUUAACUACCGUGAUUGCUUUUGAGGGCCUGGAAUUAUAAAUAUAUAUUAUAUUUUGAUUGUUUGA